GAAGUUGUAAGAAAUCCUGAUAUUCCUGACGUUGCUAUAAAUGUAAUCGAAGAACAAGCUGUAGAGUUAGAUAUCGAGGAACAAAAUCCAAUUGAUAUACAACCAGUAAGACAUUUUAUUGACCUUAUUUUUGAAUGCUUUUAAUUUUUAUUUAUAUAUAUUUUUAUGUGUUUUUAGAAAGUUUUAAAUAAUCAUGAGAGUGCUGCUAUUGAUAAAAAUAUAAUCGAAGAACGAUCUAUGAAGUUAAAUAUUGAGGAAGAAAAGUGCUCUACUAGUACUAGAAAAACUACCGGAAAAAAAAAUUUUAGAAACACUGCAACAUCUAUAUUUCAUCAUUGUAACGGUCGGAUUUUUGAAUUUAAAAGGGAAUCAAACGAAGAAAACGAAGCUACCAUAGCCUUUAUAAAUAAUAUAGUAAUGAACGGAAAACAAUAG